CUAAAGUGACUCCCGUCAAAUUUUCGAUUGCAGCCAGAUUAAACAAAUUAAAGCUUCUCUCUUUUUAAAGUUUCUCUCUUCUCUGUCGCAUAGUAGCCAUCUGAAUAUAUCAAAGCUUCUCUGUUUUUAUUUAUAAUUUUGAUGUCUUCUUCUUCGCAGUUCAGGUCCAGCAGAUCUGUGCCAGUGACUUUCGAGCAUGACUAUGAAGGACAACCGAAACAAUGGUUCUGUGGACAAAGAGCUCCAAGAUUCAAAUCACAAACUCAGAGUAACCCUGGAUGCCGCUUCUACAGUUGUCCGAACUACGAACAGAGUUAAUGGAUGCAGGUAUUUUGAAUGGCAUGAUGAAGCUUUACCAUGUUGGGCUAAAGAUUUGAUAAAUGAGAUGAAAUUAGAAACAAAAAUGCUACAAAAGGAGAAUAACAGACUGAAUUUUUUGGGAGUAAAAAAGAGAGAUGGACUGGAAGAACAAGAAAUGCAACUAUGCAAGAGCUAUGGAGUAAAUUAAAAAGUUUGAAGAAUCGUGGUACUGGAGAGGAAGCUUCAUUGGCAGACAGAGCAAAAAUGGAGAGGAAGAAAAAGAUAGCUUACAUUUUCGCUAUUAUUAGUUGGCUAGCUUUGGCAAUUGUCCUUGUAAUCUAUGUUGUAUAUGUCUCUGUUGUUAUAAUCUUAUGUUUUUUACUGCACUGUUAUAAUGUUUUGUAAUUCAUUAGCUUAUUGUUUAGAUUGAGUACAUGUUUCAAUCAAUCAAAGUAUUUUGUUGUUGAAUCGUAUUAAUCAGCUUGCUUGUACAUGUAAUUUUAAGAUAAUGCUAAACUUGAUCUGAUACAGUUAUAUCAGAA